AUGGCUUUGUCUCAGUCAAAGUCGGAUCCGGCUAAUGCGGAAGAGUUUUACAAGAAGGCGGAAGAAUUCUGGUCCAAUGCAAGCAGAGAUAUUGAUGGUAUGCUUGGAGGAUUCGCCCAUUUACAUGUUCCGGACAUGAGAGCCUCGAAAGCCUUCAUUAAGAAAUUGAGAUCGAAGAAAUUGCUCAUCGAUAACAAUCGUGCAGCAGACUGUGGCGCUGGUAUCGGACGGGUUACACGACAUUUGUUGCUGCCUCUGUUCAAGAAUGUUGGAAACGAGAACGUGACUAGAGUGCAAGUUGGACUGCAGAACUUCUAUCCCGAUCCUUCAUCCUUUGAUCUGAUAUGGAUCCAAUGGUGUUCUGGCCAUUUAACAGACAGCGACAUGGUCGAGUUCCUCAGGCGUUGCAUUGAUGGCCUUACCGAUGAUGGUGUCAUCGUGUUCAAGGAUAAUCUCUCUGCACAGCAGGAACCCGAGUUCGAUUGUGAAGACUACAGCUGGACGAGACCUGAACCACUUGUUUUGGAGUUAUUUACCAGAGCAGGCCUCAGAGUUGUUGCUGAAAAUUUACAGACAGGUUUCCCUAGUGGCAUGUAUAAAGUGAAAAUGUUUGCACUUAAACCGGUAACAAGCAAGUAUGCGAAACCAGAGAACUAG